AUGACUGUUAACAAUAUUGAUAUGCCUGAGGCAUCUCAAUCUGAAGAUUAUGACUUACUUGCUUAUGAAGCUAAACGAGUUGUCGAUCAAGUUCUUACUCAAUCAUUCGUUCAUAUGAGUGAUACAAUUAAUGAUAAUAAUGAAAAUAAUCAUCAACGAGAACGUUUUAUUGAAUUAGAAAAUGAUCAUUCACAAACAAAAAUACAAGAGGAAUCAAUAGUUAAAUGGCCAACAAUUGAAGAAUUUACAAAUACAAAUAUUGGAUUGGAAAAAAUAAAUGAAUAUAUUGACAAACAAUGGAAAACAUCACCAAGUGGUCAAGAUCCAUGUUGGUUAUAUGUCAUAGAUUUCAUUGAAAAAAAAUCUCUUGAAUUUAAUGAUCUUUAUAUAUACCGAGUUCAAUAUUCAAUUCCAACACGGCGACAACCAAUACCAAAACAAACUGUAUCUAUUUAUUUUACUUUUGAUGUUUCAAAAGUUAAACCUAAAAAUACACCAAUUCAAGUAUCAUUUGUAUUUGAAACAAUGCGAUUAAUUCAUUAUCCGGAUAAAUUUCGUUUUCGUCAAGUUUGGUUAGAAAAUAUCUUAUUAUUAAAAGAAAAAUUAGCAAAUGAACUAGAUUUUUAA